AUUUACAUGGCGUGGCUACUAAAGAAUUUGUUGUUUUUCAAGAUGGCGAGCUCUGAUGUUCUGUUGUUUCUUUUAUAUUUCGGUCAAGGGUUGCCUUAUGGCUUUCAAGUCAAACUUCUUCCAUUAUUUCUGAGGAAACAUAAGUUUUCAUUGUCAAAGGUAGGCCUUAGCCGCCUAUUAAGUUUACCAUGGAUUUUCAAAUUCACAGUAGCACCUUUGAUUGAUAAGUUAUGGUCUUUGAACUCUUGGAUUACUUUGGGCUCGUUAAUUAUGGCCGUAAUUUGCUUUGCAUCAGCCUGGGUGGGAGAACACAAUACUCUUUUGGUUCUGUUCUGGAUGUUGUGGAUGAACAUAACAUCUGCUGUACAGGAUGUUGCAGUGGAUGCCUAUGCAAUUUGCCUGCUAGAACCUGCAGAUCUUGGUAAGAAUACAUUUACAACUUCAGCAUGAAUAGUUUAAAUAAUGCAAACAAUUCAAACAAAUUAUGAAAAAUAAUGAAAUCCUCACCCAUAAGAUCAAGGAAAGAGGGUUAUUGUUUUCUGCCCAAGACCAUAGCUUAAAAAUACAUCUUUUUUAGUGCUGUCCAAGAUAAUCUCUCAACAUUCAUAGUGUCUUGUGUAGGUUUUAUUUGUGGAAGGUGGCCUGUACUCUGCAUGCAUAACAGCCUAGGAAAUUCUCUUUCACAAACUAGGGAUGUAACAUUAGAGGAAAAUCCUUUGAUUUGGUCAAAUUGUUGAUUGAGUGAUCACAAAUGACCUGUGACUUGACAAGACACCUCAAUCAAUGGAAUACUGCUAGUCCAAAGGGUAACAUUUUAUUCCAUUUUCAGGAAAGGCGAGCACACUACAAGUGGUUGGUUACAAAGUGGGUACAUUAUUUGGAGGAGGUAUUCUUUCUUGGCUCAGUGUAUACUACACCUGGAAAUGGUUGUUCACCCUCUGGGGCUCUUUUUACAUUGUCAUGUUAAUCAUCUCAGUAAUAAACAUUAACAGUGAAACACGUUCAACAUAUGAAAUAGCAAAGGGAGUAUCAUUGAAAAACCAGGAAAUUAAAGGAAAUCAGUUACGUUCAUCUAUGUCAGUCUCCAAUGAUAAUACAAGUGGCAAGCUUAGUCCUUUAAAGAUCAUUAGAACUACUAUUAGGACUGUUGACUUCUCAUGGCUGAUGUUCUAUGUUGCAACAUACAAAUUAGGUGAACAAGGUGUUGUUAGCAUGCUGCCUUUGUAUCUGAUUGAUCAAAGAAUUCCCCAAGAACAAGUGGGGGUAAUAUUUGGAAUAUUUGGUCAACUGUUCUCAAUCAGUGGUUCAACCAUAGGAGGCUGGAUUGUUAGUCUGCAGUAUGGACACAGGUAAUGUGAAUGGUCAACUUAUCACUAACAUCUGUAAUGUACUUUCUAAUUUGAAUAAAAUUACAGUGACAACAGAAAAAAGGGCAUUAAAUGUAUAAGAUAUUGACCACAAACAUAAAUCAAAACAGAUGUGUGGUACCACUGAGUAACGGUGCAAAGAGUAAAUAGCACAACCGUAAUAUACUUAGAAUUAUUGAUAGGUAAGGGAGGUAUACAUUUCCCUCCAUUGUUCCUCUAUGGCAUGCUACAAGACUUCAGAAACUUUUUGGGUAAAUUUUGCCUGUUUAAAGCCUGUGCCCUUUUUUAACAAUUCUAUUUUUUUGACUGUUGUUUGCAUGUGGACACUCCUUAAUAAAUAGUUGUUACAUGAUUUUGUUUUUGACACAGCACUAACUGCACUCAAUAUUGAAAAAGCUCUGUUUUUAAUUUUGAAUUUAAGGUCAUGGGUGAUUAAAGUACUCCUAUGGACUUCGUAUGCAAGACUUGUACCUCUUCUCUCACUUUGGUUGCUGUCCUUAACACAAUUCACAAAAUCUGCAAUUGCAAUCAUUGAAUGUUUCAUACAACUAAGUGGGGGAAUAAUCACAACUGCAACAUUCACACUCAUGAUGUUAAGUUCACAAAAUUCUUUACCUGGUGCUAAAGCAACACACUGUGCUGUUCUUGCCACAUCAGAAGUGUUGGGUAAAUUGCUGAUGAUUUCCUUAUCUGGGAUACUAGUAGAUAUUAUUGGUUACCAGUAUUUCUUUGGAUUGUGUUUUCUACUGGCAUUGUCAUUUCUUCCUGUUUUAAAACAUGGCCUGGUAUCUCCGAGGGAGAAAUCUUCCUAAAGAAAAUCAAAAUCUUUCUGGUAAAUUUUGGUUCUUUACCUUCAAAGAUCACCGUCAAACAUUUCUUACCAAAAUAACAUUUAU